AUGGCCCCGGGCGCCACCCCGACCCCAGCAGAGGGCGUCGCGGCGGGCGCGCCCGCGGCCCGAGCGGGUUUGCGGCUGGCGGGCGUUUGGUUGGCGACGGUGGUGGCGGCCUCCGCCACCUGCCCUGCCCGCACCUGCCAGGCAUCCGCGUGGCCGCCUCCGCUGCCGUCCCCGCCGUCGCCGCCGGCCGGCCCUGGUGCGGCGAGCGUCGCGGCGGCUCUGGCCGCGGAGCUGGGGUCGCUGCUGGCCAACAGUCCCCCCCGGGCGCCGCCGAUCUGCCCUUCGGUGGAGGCGGUGGCCGCGGUGCGGCUGGAGAAGCUCUCGUUGGGCGCGAGGGCCGAGGACCCGACUGUCGCGGCGGAGCCGCCCGUGGUCGGCCCGCACGACGCAGUGGAGGGUCCCGAGCAGUAUUACACUUGGGAGGGCGAGCUGAGGGCCGUCUCAGAGUUCCGUCGCCGCCGCCCUCUACGAGUCACGAGCGGGGGGGUUGGCGGGACGGCGACGCCGCCUGUGGCUGAUGCUAAGCCGCUGGUGGAGGCGGCCGCUGCGGACGCCUGGGGUGCCCCGCGGACCCUGGACCCGCCUGAUGGCCGGGCGUGGGUCGUGGCCUCCCCUGGGACGCUUCUCGCGGGACGCGAGGAGGCCUGUGCCGAAGGCAGCGUGCGGCUCGGCGCCCACCACACCGCCUCCCGCGAUGGCGAGAGCCGGCGAGUCGCGGAGGCGAUCCCCUUGGAGGAGGCCGACGGUCACCGUUGGCGGCGACCCAGGGUGCUCAUGAACCUGUUGGAGAGGCUGAGCCGCGGCCGCCGCAUGGCGCUGGAGGGGAGCCCCGAGUCUGCCGCGGUGCCCACUGCCGUCGGGGCUCUCGACCAGGAGGCGAGCGACAGGGACCUGAGGGACUGGCUUGACUCCGAGGUCGCCGAUUACGUCAGGACGGUGUGGGCACAGCAGGACGGGCGUGGGGAGCACUGCGACCGUUGGCGCGAGGUCGUCCGCGAGGUGACGCGGUACAUCUUCCGCGACUGGCCCCUAUGGGACGGCCUCUCCACCGUAGAGCACAUGAUCAAGAUGGGGGACCCGAACGGUGGCAACCCCCUGCCGUGGUUGGAGAUGGGGGUGCGGGAUCGGGUCAGCAGCUCGACUGACCGCGCUUGCAUCGGGACGAAGGGCUUGCUUUCGGCGAUCAACUACGCUGGAAGUCGUGCCCAUAUCAGUUUGGCCAGCAUGAUGAGCAUCAAGGUGCUGUGCCAUAUGGUGUCGCAAAUCGUGGAGGCCUACUCAAACGACCCCACCAAGCUACCGAAGUGGGGCGGGCCGCGGCACUACAGGGGCGUGACAGGCCCGCGGGGCGUCAUCGACCCCGCGUUGAGGUCGGCCGUCUUCCGUCGGAACACUGAGGAGAUGGAGCUGGGGGGCUGGAAGAGCCGCGCCGCCGGCGUGUCGGCGAUGAGCCCCCUGGCGCUGGAGGCAG